UUGCAUGCUCCCCGCCCCCGCUGGUGACGUCGGUUCGGGUUUCUGCAGGCAGGUGCUCUGGUUGCCUCGCGCUGCCGCUGCUGCAUUAGCCGCCAGCCUCGAAGCGCGUUCUCGAGAUGGCCUCCGCCACUGAUGCCCGCUAUGGCCAGAAGGAGUCCUCCGAUCAGAACUUCGACUACAUGUUCAAGAUCCUGAUCAUCGGCAACAGCAGCGUGGGGAAGACCUCCUUCCUCUUCCGGUACGCGGACGACUCUUUCACCCCGGCAUUUGUGAGCACCGUCGGCAUCGACUUCAAAGUGAAGACCAUCUACCGCAACGACAAGCGGAUUAAGCUGCAGAUCUGGGACACGGCGGGGCAGGAGCGAUACCGAACCAUCACCACCGCCUACUACCGGGGGGCCAUGGGUUUCAUCCUGAUGUAUGACAUCACGAAUGAGGAGUCCUUCAACGCCGUCCAGGACUGGUCCACCCAAAUCAAGACCUACUCAUGGGACAACGCCCAGGUCCUGCUGGUAGGGAACAAGUGUGACAUGGAAGAUGAGAGGGUUGUGUCGUCGGAGCGGGGCCGUCAGCUGGCGGAACAUCUGGGGUUCGAAUUCUUUGAGGCGAGCGCCAAGGACAACAUCAAUGUGAAGCAGACCUUCGAGCGCUUGGUGGACAUCAUCUGCGAGAAGAUGUCGGAGUCGCUGGAUGCGGCCGAUCCGGCCGUGACGGGCACCAAGCAGGGGCCACAGCUGACCGACCAACAAGCCCCCCCUCACCAGGACUGUGCCUGUUAGAGAGACUUCCGCCCCACCCCUGGC